GCUCGAGCUUCUUCUUAAUCUUCAUUGAGACGGCUGGCGGAGGAGGAGGAGCCUUGCCUGCUACUGCGGCAGCGUCUUAUGAAUGAAAGCGGCUUGCUCAGCUGCCUGGAGCGGAGACGCCGGUGGGUGCGCGCCUGGCAAGUAGACUGGGAGGCGGGAGACCGGGCAGGUAAGUGCAAAGGCAGGUUGGAAAUGGCAGGACCGAGAUUUAUUUCCAAUAGAACAUCUCAACAUGCUCUGUCUAAUUCUGAUUACACUUGGGAGUAUGAAUAUUAUGAAUAUGGACCAGUUUCAUUUGAAGGCCUCAAGGCUCAUAAAUAUUCCAUUGUUAUUGGUUUUUGGGUUGGCCUCGCUGUGUUUGUAAUCUUUAUGUUCUUUGUUCUGACCUUGUUGACAAAGACAGGAGCACCACACCAAGAGAAUACAGAUCCUUCUGAGAAAACAUUCUGCAUGAACAACUUUGUGGCUGACUUUGGAAGGCCACUGGAUUCUGAAAGGAUCUUUUCUCAACAAACUGCCGAAGAGUCUAGGUUGCUCUUCCACUGCUACAUCAAUGAGAUUGAGAAUAUGGACAGGGCAAAACAGUGCCACAAACCAUCAGUUCUGGACAGUAACCUCCACUUCCAGGAAGUAGUUCGGAGUAGUGAGAGGCUGGAAGAGGAACUGACUUGCCACUCAAAAUUCAACAUCCCUAACUUUGUGAACACUGAUCAGAACUCUUCCCUGGGUGAAGAUGACCUGCUGAUUUCAGAGCCACCUGUCAUUUUGGAGAGCAAGCCAGUUAGUCAAGCCUUUCACCAGAUUCUUGACUGAAGAUGCCCAGGUAAAAUAUUUAUGUAGUUUAGCAGGGAUUGUUCCUGUGAUAAUGUCGCACCUUUUAGUCCAUAUUAAAACAGAAUACCUGCAUCUCAUCUGAUCUUUCACCUUUCGGUACAGCAUUACAGGCAAUUGAAUGUCCUUUCAUACACAACAUGGGGCAUUUUAUGUCAGUGUUCAUUUCAAGGCCGAAGAGCCAGUGGCAACUCCCAUUGACUAUAAGUGCAGCUCCCUGACUAUUGGUCUGGAAGGCCUGUGUGAAGCUGAAGCCGAAUAUGUCAUAGUGUCUCCCUGGCACUGCACAGAAGCAACAAAAAGGAUCUCUAAGAUCAAGCCAACAAGAAACAAUAAGAUCUCCACUAAACUAUACACUAACCAUGCAGUAAAAAGAAAGCAACAACUUGAUCCAAUGUAGUUCUAUAAUUGAAGAUAUUUACAAUCUAAAAUAAGACAAAAAAUGAAUGAUUGGAUAUUGUAUCAAUGAAACUAAAUAUGUAGCAUAGGGAGAGUGUGAAAUCCAUCGUGUGGAGAAUUAUGUAAUCCAAAAUAAACAAGUCCACACAUCCACAACAGUGACACGGUGACCUCCAUUUCAAUGUAGGUCUUUCUCAAGUAGAGAAUGGUUUUCAAAAAGUAACACUGAUCCACAUGCUCCAAAGUUCAAUCUUCUGAGAUAUCAAACUCAAUUGUUAUCUUAGUUUUAAUCAUAUCUUGUUCUUGUAAGGUACAAAGCUUUACGAGUAGCUUUGGAUCAUGUCAUACACAGUUUGCAGUUCUGCUCAUGUAACACUGUUUAACCGGGAAGUGAUCUACAGGUGAAACUCGGAAAAUUAGAAUAUCGUGCAAAAGUCCAU